AUGACAGCACAAAACGGCCACAAAAAAGUCUCACCACUGACCAAGCCAGCUCAGCGACUGCUGUGUCUCGGUAUCGAGGGCUCGGCCAACAAGCUGGGCGCCGGCAUCAUCUCCCACUCGCCCUCGCCCGGCGGCAAGGCCACCCUCGUCACAGUCCUCUCCAACGUCCGUCACACUUACAUCACCCCUCCUGGUGAGGGUUUCCUCCCCUCAGACACGGCGCGGCACCACCGCGAGUGGGUCGUGCGCGUCAUUCGCGAGGCGGUCCGCAAGGCGGGUGUGCGGAUGAGCGACCUCGAUGUUAUUGCCUUCACCAAGGGUCCCGGUAUGGGCACACCGCUCCAGGUUGGCGCGCUGGUCGCGCGCACUUUGUCGCUGCUGCACAACAUUCCCCUCGUCGGCGUCAACCACUGUGUCGGCCACAUUGAGAUGGGCCGUCACAUUACCUCGUCGACCAAUCCGAUUGUGCUGUACGUCUCGGGCGGCAACACCCAGGUCAUUGCCUACAGCCAGCAGCGCUACCGCAUCUUUGGCGAGACGCUCGACAUUGCCAUUGGAAACUGUCUGGACCGUUUCGCGCGUGUGAUUCAGCUCCGCAACGACCCCAGCCCUGGUUACAACAUUGAGCAGGAGGCCAAGAAGGGCAAGCGCCUCGUCCCCCUGCCAUACGGCACCAAGGGCAUGGACGUCACACUGGCCGGUAUCCUGACCGCCGUGGAGGGCUACACCAACGACAAGCGCUACCGGUCGUGGGACAAGCUCGACUCCAUCAAGGAGGGCGAGGACGUGAUCACCCCCAACGACCUGUGUUUCUCGUUGCAAGAAACGACGUUUGCGAUGCUCGUCGAGAUUACGGAGCGUGCCAUGGCACACGUGGGCGCUGCGGACGUGCUGAUUGUUGGCGGUGUCGGUUGUAACCAGCGCCUGCAGGAGAUGAUGGGCAUCAUGGCUGCCGAGCGCGGCGGCCACGUGUACGGCACCGACGACAGUUACGCGAUUGACAACGGUAUCAUGAUCGCACAAGCUGGCCUGCUUGCGUUCCGCAUGGGCCAGACGACGGACAUCAAGAAGACGAGCGUGACCCAACGCUUCCGCACUGACGCCGUUCAUGUCACUUGGCGCGCAUAG